GGGGACGCACAGCUGUAGGGUGUUUUCUCAUUUUUGCAUUUUCCCAUACUCUUCGGGAAGGCGUUGGUGUUAGAAAUGGUACUAGGUUUAGGAUCUUUUUUUGUAUAUCUUGUAUUUAUGGAGUUCCUGGCAGAAAGUCCCAUCCGUAGGGUCUUGAGUUUAGAGGGACCGUGGACUCUUUAUUGCACUAGUGGAAUUGUUUGCUCAAAAAGUAAACAGAAGUUGGAAGCCCAGUAGUAUACUACUGUUAUGGGAGGGAGUCGUGGAAAUUUUCACGUUAUUUGGGGGUUUGCUUUAUACACCACACUUGCUUUUAAGUAUUAAGUGAUCGUCCUCCAUGUCCCCUAAUCCUUUGGGCUUUUCUUCGAACUCCCGUUAGAUAAAACAACUCCCAUUGUUUUAUCACGAGGAAUGGUGUUUCUGCCAUUCCACUUGUUCUUGUUUUCAAGAUUAAGAUCCCUUUAUGAAUUUCUAAAAGGUAUUGAACGCCUGAUGGUGGCUAUUCAUGACAAGCGCACCCAAGAAUCUCCUUUAUGGUAAUUUACGCACCCCUUCCACGUGUUACAUCUGCCUGGGAACUGCUAUAUUUCACUCUCAGAAGGGUGUGGUGUACUGGAAAAAGCUCUAGACUUAGUCAAGAAUUGAGUCUGGGGCUCAAGAACUUUUUUACCAUAAAUCUGCUUAAUGACCACUUGCCUGUCUAGUUACUUUGGAAACUUUUUGAUAAAGGGUCGUCAUAUCAUGGCUGAAAAUGACACAGAUAGAAACCAGAUUGAGAAACUCCUACAAAGAGUACAAGAAUUGGAGCAGGAGGUGCAAAGACUUAAGAAAGAACAGGACAACAUUAAAGACUCAACUAUUAAAGAAGAUUCUUCAGGAUCUGGAAAAGCUAAGCGUGCAUUUGACUUCAGUGCUCAUGGCAAAAGACAUGUGGCCCUAAGAAUAGCUUAUUUGGGCUGGGGAUACCAGGGCUUUGCUAGUCAGGAAAACACAAACAAUACCAUUGAAGAGAAAUUAUUUGAGGCUUUAACCAAGACUCGACUAGUAGAAAGCAGACAGACUUCCAACUAUCACCGGUGUGGGCGAACAGACAAAGGAGUUAGUGCCUUUGGACAGGUGAUUUCUCUUGACCUACGUUCUCGGUUUCUAAGGGGCAGUGAUUCAGAGGACCCUAAUUUAAAAGAUGAAGCCAAUGAUGCUGCGAAAGAGAUCCGUUACACCCACAUUCUCAAUCGGGUGCUUCCUCCAGACAUCCGUGUACUGGCCUGGGCCCCUGUGGAACCUAGUUUCAGUGCCAGGUUUAGCUGUCUUGAGCGGACUUACCGCUAUUUUUUCCCUCGUGCUGAUUUAGAUAUUUUAACAAUGAAUUUCGCAGCUCAGAAGUAUGUUGGCACCCAUGAUUUCAGGAAUUUGUGUAAAAUGGAUGUAGCCAAUGGAGUUAUUAAUUUUCAGAGGACGAUUCUGUCUGCUCAAGUACAGCUAGUGAGCCAAAGCAUGGGUGAGGAGAGAUGGCAAGAACCUUUCCAGUUAUGUCAAUUUGAAGUGAUUGGCCAGGCAUUCCUUUAUCAUCAAGUCCGCUGUAUGAUGGCUAUCCUUUUUCUUAUUGGCCAAGGAUUGGAGAAGCCAGAGAUUAUUGAUGAAUUGCUGAACAUAGAGAGAAAUCCCCAGAAACCUCAAUAUAGUAUGGCUAUAGAAUUUCCUCUAGUCUUAUACGACUGUAAGUUUGAAAAUAUCACGUGGAUCUAUGAUCAGGAGGUUCAGGAGUACAAUGUUACUCACCUGCAACAACUGUGGGCUAAUCAUGCUGUGAAAACUCAGAUAUUAUAUAGUAUGCUACAAGGACUGGACUCGGUUGAAUUACCCUAUGGGACGGGACCAAAGAUGGAUGGAGCAAUAGAGUGGAGAAACAUUAAGCCCUCUAUCAUAAAGCAGACCAGUGCCUUUGUAGAAGGAGUGAAAAUGCGCACAUAUAGACCCCUCAUGGACCGUCCUAAAUGCCAAGGUUUGGAAUCCCGGAUCCAGCAUUUUGUACGCAGAGGACGCAUUGAACACCCACAUUUAUUCCAUAAAGAAACAAAAGCCAAAAGGGACUGUAAUGACACACUAGAGGAAGAGACUACUGUUUUGGAGAAACCAACCAAGAGGGUCUGUGUAGAUGCAGAAAUUAAAAGCAUCAUUUAAUCAUAGAUAACUUGCCAGGACCUAAGAAGCGACAACCAGCUAGUGGUAGGCAGUAGAAAUGAAAUUUAAAGGGAAAAAAAAAAAUUCAAGAAGUCUUAGUAGUUCUGAUUAUCAGCUUUUUUAGGGGUAGGGGGCGAAAAAAAGAAAGGAAGUUCUUAAGGAAGUUCUGGUUUAAACAGGAAAAAGUUCAGAGGCUAUCAUCCCUGUCCAAAAGGAUUAAGAGAUGAAAGAAGCAAAAGUCAUUUGUAGCUAGGCAUGGUGGCACAUACUUGUACACUCAGGAGGAGGCUGAGGCAGAAGGACUGCAAGUUUGAGGCCAGCUUUGGCAAUUUGGCAAAAACUUGUAUGAAAAAAUUUUAAAAAUUAUAAAGGAUUGGGAAUAUAGUUCAGUGGUAAAGCAUCCCAGCGUUCAAUUCUCAGUACUAGAAGGGGUAAAGAACUGUAAUUUAUGUACACCUGGAAACCUGUGCCUUAUGUACAAAUUCAUUAAAACCUGAUCCUGUGUUUAGUUCAUUUUGCUGCUCUUUUUCAAGAUAAAUGAGAUUUUUACUAAUCUGAAUUUUCAUAGCUUUAUUUUAUAUUUUUAAAAUUUUUAUUUUUUUUUUUAGUUGUAGUUGGACACAAUAUCUUUUUUUUAUUUUUUAUUUUUUAAAUGUGGUGCUGAGUAGUGAACCCAGGGCCUUGCACGUGCUAGGCAAGCGCUCUACUGCUGAGCCACAAUCCCAGCCCAACAGCUUUAUUUUUUAAGACAUUAAAAAAUAACAAAUUUAGUCAGUUAAGAAUUAGAUAAAUUGGUUUACUUAAAUAUGGCACAAGACCUUUUUCUAUGAGGCCUAUAAAUCUAGUGUAGAAGUUGCCAAACUUUUUUUGGGGAGGAUGGCAGAGUAAAUACUACUUUAGGCUCUAUGAGACACAAAUGGUCUGUUCUAGUAUUCUUUUCAACAAGUCUUAAAUGUAAAAAACACUUGCUCUAUUAGUCUUUAUUAUUUUAAUUAGUGCAUUAUAUAUGCACUGGGAUUCAUUGUGGUAUAUUCUUACAUAAACAGCAUAAUUUGGUAGAUUUAAUUCCCCAGUACUUCCCAAAUCCCUCCAGGGGGAGGGGGGGAGGGAAAGGAAAGGUAAUGAGAUUGGUUACAUUAUGUAAUGUGCAUGUACUAAUAUGGCAUAAUGAAUCUCACUAUUAUGUAUAAAUCUUAUGUACCAAAAAAAUAAAUAAAUAAAUAAAUUUAAAGAGAAGACACUCAAGCUAAAUUUUAGGAUAAAGAACCAGAGCUUUAACUGUCUUAACUCAGAAGAUGCAAUCUGUAUAAAGGUUAGAGAUUAUAGCAUAUAUAUUCAGGAAACUGUACCUCAGUAUGGCAAAAACAUGGUUUAGAAAGGCAGGCAUCGGUCAUAUCUGUAGACCUUUGUAGGCCUUCCUUAAAAAUCUUAGAUUGGGGAAAAAAAAUAAAGCUAGACAGAUCUAUGUAGCAAAAGCACUGCUCUAGGUAUACUGUGAAUUGAAAAAAGGCAAGACUGAGGCUAGAGAGACCAGUGAGGCUACUGGAAUAAUUGAGGCAAUAGAUGACAGAAUAGAUCUGUAUUAGGAAUAAUAAGGGAUGGAAAGAAGAUAAAUUUGAGGUUAAAAAGGCAGCAGUAGGACUCUGAGUGAAUGUAGUGUUAAAAAGUAGGAAGGCUUUUAGGAUAGUGUUAUAGGUUCAGAUCUGAACAAAAGAGUAGCUGGUAUUACUACAUACUGAGAUAAGAAAAUGAAGUGGGGCUUUGUUCUCAAAACAUAGUUGUUAAGUGACCCUUAAAAUAUUAUAACUGCUGGUUAAUAUAUGAAACUCAUGGGGCCAUUAGAAAUAAUACUGAUAUGUACAUAGAACUGACUUCAUUAGUGCUACAGAAGCUCAGUAGGAGGUGUAUUACAGAAAUAAGACUACUGAAAAAGUUCUGGGGUUAAGAAAUAAAAUAGCCUAAGAAAAGUGAGAUGAUCCUGUGGAACAUUCAAGUGAGGAGGUACAUUGUGAUGGACUUGCAUCCUAGCAGAGAAGGAACCAGAAUGUAUUUACAUUUUAAAAUGGCAAGAUAGUGAUACAGAAUAAAUUUAUUUAAAAUAGCCAACUGUAUGAUCUAUGUCUUCUGGAUAUUGAAUCUCUGUCAAUUUGGGGGAUCUGAUGAACCAACACUUCACAAUGAUCUGAAUGUUCCUAAAAUAUUAUUCCUUUGCCAUUUAAUUUUGAUGUAAAGAUCUUGUUUUUAGUGUAAUCACUGAGCAUGGUAGACUACCCUUACUUAAACAUGUAAAAACAAAUCGAUUACUUUUUUUCAGUUUCUUACCUUAUUUCAAAUGUAUCUUGAUUGGCAUUAUUAUUCACGUUAACAACAACAACAAAAACCUAGAAAAGGAAAAGAGAGUUUAAAUCAUUCCUCAUCUUAAAAAAAAAAAGACUCUAAAACCAUGAUAUGUAAUGACAAAAAGCACUUGCUAAAAGUUAUAUGCUAGGAGAUUAUAUAGAAGCAAAGAGAGAAUCAGGAUCAGAUUUUAAGUAAAAUCGUUUCAAGAUUGACCAGAUUAUCAAAUAUGGAAAUGUAAUUAUUUACUAACCUCAUUUUAGAUAGUUACCACAGGAAGAAGUCAGGACAGUCAUAACAGAGGGAGCAAAUGAAAGGCCCCCAAAUGUACCUUUGCCAAAUUACUUGUUAUUGGAGGCAGUGUUUGUACAAAAUCAAAUCUGAUCCAUAGAAAGGACUCACUGAGUGUUAGAAGAAAGCAAACUAUGAUAUCUGUUUUUAGAAUGGAAAGAAUUAUAUCAAAAGUUCUUGAGUUUAAAUGAGAUAAUCCUUAGUGAUUUGUGGGACCCUGGACUGGGAGGAUUUCUGAUACUAAAGCCAGGAGAUUUUUUAAAAGAUGGCAUAUGUAACUGUAUUAUGUGUGUUUUCUUUGUGUUUAAAUUACAUCACAUUCAUUUGUCAUCGAACAUGUGAAGAAAGAUGUUUGCAAACACUGAGAUGCUAACUUUAAUAAGGUCCACAGGUCAUCAAUCUUUUCUAAUAUUAAGACACAGCAAUCUUUUCUAUUAGAGGGGAAACUUGCUAGAGCAACUUAUAUUUUGUAGAUAAAUAGGAUAGUUUUGACCAAAAUAUCUAACAAUAUAAAUUUUUUCAAAAAUCUCAAGUGACUCACUGUCCCAGGUUUAGCUAGUUAAAAUUGAAAGGAUUUUACAGGAGGAAGGAUUUUAAAUGCAGAUAGAGGAGCUGAGUCCAUAGAUUCUAAGCAUUAUAAGGAGUCUACUGCAGAGUUAUAACAAAAUUCCUCUACCACAGGGGAGGUAAGCAGACAACUUAAAGAAUGAAAGUAUUAAAACAUCCUAUCUUAAAGCAAAUACCACCAUAAGAAGGUCAAAGAGACAACAAACUGAAGAAAGCACUUGUAAUAUGUUUAAAAUCAAUAAUUAAAAUUAUUAAAAAGUACACAUCAGUAAAAUAAUAGGGAAAAGAUAUUUGCCAAAAAUAUUAUGACUAAAACACAAUGUUUAGCCUCAUUAAUAAUCAAAUUAAGAUAUCUUUUUAGACUGAAGUUCCCCCCCAAUAUUCAGUGCUGACAGUGUGAAGAAAUAAUCACUUCAAAAUUAAUCUGCUGGGCUGGGGUUGUAGUUUAUCGGAAGAGCGCUGGCCUAGCACAUGUGAGGCCCUAGGUUUGAUCCUCACACCACAAAAAAAUAAAUAAAAUAAAGGUGUUGUGUCCAACUACAACUAAAAAAAAAAUACUUAAAAAAACCCUUAUCUGCUUUCAGCAAUUUAUUCUAAGUUAACACUGGAUAAAAAUGCAAACCUGCAUAUGUACAAGCGACCAGUAACACACUAUUUUAUGAUCAUGAAGAAAUUGGAAACAAACAUCAUUAGGGGACUGGCUAAAUAUAUGGUACAAUACAGCUGUACCAUUCAUUCAUUAAAAAUGGUAAUGCACAUCUACAAUGGCAUAGAAACAUGUUCUGAAUACGGCAUUGACUGAAUAAGACAUAAUCUAUGUAUUCAUGGUAACCAAAGCAAUGACAUUUCAAUAAGGAUAACAAUGUAAA